UUUCAGUUUUCACCACCCGGUCUAUCUCUAUCGCACACAGCUCGCUAUCCCACGACAAACAUCGCAUCACCAGAACGCACAAUAUAGCUCCGUGCCCCCCGCGGAAGGCCUCGUGAGCACUUCAACUCACCUCACACGACCCCACCUAGUACCAGCAAUAUGGAUCAACGAGAACUUGAUUCGCGCAUCAAGGCACUGCAGAAGGCUAUAGCAGAGAAAGAGCCAGCAUCGAACGUUAUUACAAUCAUGGAGACAUUGAAGAAUAACGUGAACCCGACGGAAGAGCUUCUGAGGGCUACUAAAGCCGGUAUGGUUGUAGCAAAGCAGAGAGCAAACCCGAACAAAGAUAUAGCGCGACUUGCCUCCGAGAUCGUUGCAAAAUGGAAGAAGACGGUCGAAGCAGAGAAGCAAAAGAAGUUAAAGAUGUCAGCCUCAUCGCCACCAAAGACCGCAGCUGUAUCAUCGGCCGCACCACCUGCAGAAGCGAAGGGCUUUACAGGCGACAGUUCAAAACGAAGGUGGGAGACAGAUAAGGUCGAUACUAAACGGACGGGAAUCCCAUCUCGCGAUGCAUGUAUUGGUCUUAUCUACAAUGGUCUUUGCUUCAUGUCAGAGGAACCUUCGAGCAAUAUCAUCAUCAAAGCCAUAGAAGUGGAGCAAGCCGCGUUCGAUGCAUUCAAGGGCGACAAUUCAGAGUAUCGCAGCAAGCUUCGCUCCCUUUUUCAGAACCUCAAAAAUGUUAGCAACCGCGAACUCGGUACUAGAGUACUGUCCGGCGAAAUAACUGCAGCUCGAUUUGUGCUCAUGACCCACGAUGAGCUAAAGUCCGCCGAGCGUCGGAGGGAGGACGAGAAACUACAUUUGGAGAACAUGAAGAAGGCACAGGUACCCAUGGCGGAGAAGAGUAUCAGUGAUGCUUUGAAGUGCGGAAGAUGUGGGCAGAAGAAAGUCAGUUACAGCCAGGCUCAGACCCGAAGUGCUGAUGAACCGAUGACCACGUUUUGUGAAUGCACAGUCUGUGGUAAUCGCUGGAAGUUCUCUUGAUCUUGGUCCAGGUGCCGGUUGUGCAGCCCAAACAUUUCUCUUCUCGAUGUGCUCUUAUGGAUGGUUUCGGGGUUUCGGAUUUGAUUUUGCAGCGGCAACUGCGUCCCUGGUCAUGUAACAGGGAAAACGGCGAUGAUUUCAAGUGGGGAGUUGAUGCGUUUCUGGUCAGACAUCGUUUUGGUGGUGAGGGACCGCUCUAUGUAUCCAGCACGUGGUUUUUGGCCUCCUUCUUCCUUCCCCUGAAGGUGGGGAGAACCGAAUGAACUCAUGCGCAUUUUUCAGACCAGAACGCUGUGCAAUAAGUGAGCUGGCCGAGGUGUGUACAGUGACAGCUCACCCGGUAGGUUUGAUGCCCAGCAGUGUAAGCAGAUUUUCAUGUUCCUCUUCCAGGCCAAGCUCCCCUAUCAUCUUCCAAAAUCUGCUCAGAUGCCUCGUUCCGCUGUCUGAGCAAAUGGUCACAAU